AUGACGGUGCUUCCUGCUGUUCUUCCUGACCCGUCUUUGAUCUUUGACGCUCUGUUUGCUCGAGAUGGGCCUCCGAAAGAGCAUCCUAGCAAGAUCUCCAGUAUGCUAUUCUACCUCACUACAAUCAUUAUCCAUGAUGUCUUUCGUACGAAUGAGCAUGACUACAACAAGGUUGACAGCUCUUCUUACCUGGACCUUGGGCCUCUGUAUGGCCACGACGAAGAGCAACAAGCUGCUGUCCGCACCUUCGUGGAUGGAAAGCUGAAGCCUGACGCAUUUUCGGAGGUCAGAGUCCUCGGAUUUCCACCGGGGGUCUGUGCUCUUUUGGUCUCGUUCAACCGCUUCCACAACUAUGUGGUCGAGGAACUAGCAGACAUCAACGAGGGCGGCAGAUUCAGUCUUCCCGUCGAGUCUGCUCAAGAUGAACUCUACAAGGCUGCGAUGAAGAAGCGUGAAAAUGAUCUGUUCCAAGUCGGGAGACUCAUAACUUGCGGACUCUACGUACAUAUCAUCAUCGGCGACUAUUUCAAGACGAUCCUGAAUUUGAAUCGUUGCAAAUCGACCUGGAACCUUGACCCACUGGCUGACUUUGGGAAGACAACAGUCCCAUCCGCCACUGGAAACCAAGUCAGCGUCGAGUUCAAUAUGUUUUACAGAUGGCACACCGCCAUGAGUGCCAAGGACGAAGUAUGGGCCCAUGAUCUCUACAAAGAUGUCUUUCCUAAUGACGAUCCGGCAACAUUGUCACUGCCAGCCUUUAUUGAAGGCCUCCGAAGAUGGGAACACGGCGUGAAUCCAGAUCCAGGGAAGAGGGCUUUUGGGAAUUUGGAGAGGCAAGCAAACGGGAGCUUCGAAGAUGCUGAGCUCGUGAAGCUUCUUCAAGAGAGCACAGAAGACGUUGCAGGGGCUUUCGGUGCCUGCAAUGUCCCAGCAAUCAUGAAGGCUGUCGAGAUACUCGGCAUGGAGCAAGCGAGAAGUUGGAAAGUGGCCACGCUCAAUGAGCUUCGAGAGUUCUUCCAACUUAAACCGCAUGAGACUUGGAUCGAGAUCAACUCAGAUCCAGAUGUUGCGGCAACAUUGGAGAAACUUUAUGACAAAGUCGAAUUAGUGGAACUCUACCCCGGAAUUGUCGCCGAACAAGCGACACUUCCAGAUACAAUAGGUCAAGGAUUGUGCCCUGGCUCCACUGUGUCGAAGGCAAUUCUCUUGAAUACCGUGGCUCUGAUUCGGGGUGAUCGAUACUACACUAUGGAUUACACUCCCGGGUCUCUGACCCACUGGGGCUACAAACAAGCCUCUGCUGACCCUCAAGUUGCUGGCGGAGGCGUGAUCUACAAGCUGCUAAUGAGGGCAUAUCCUGGCUUUUACGUCGACAACUCAGUCUAUGCGAUGUUCCCUUUCACCAUUCCAAGCGAGACUCGCAAAAUACUUCAGACCUUAGGAAAAGAUGACGAUUAUGACUUCAGUCCGCCAUCUUCCGUCGACCCUCCUAUCCCCAUUGCGUCAUGGACCGGAGUCACGAGCGUGCUCGAUGAUCAGGCAAAGUUCAAAGUCCCAUGGGGUCCUCGCAUCCGAUGUUUGACCGGUCGCGACUAUAUGCUGGGUGAUGACUCUGGAGCCAGUGCAAGACAAAAGGGGUUUGUGCACAAUGCCUUUUACGAACCUCCUGACGGUUUGGAGGAGAUCCGGCAGUUCUACGAGACUCUGACCAUGCAACUGGUACGCCAGAAUAGCGCUAAGCUUGGGAAGAUCUACCAACUUGAUGCCGUUCGACUCGUCGGGAACGCUUCGCACGCAAAUUUUAUUGCUUACAUGUUCAAGAUACCCAUGCUUGACUCGAGCUACGGAAAAGGCACCUACAUCGACCUGGAUUUUUACAAUCACUUGGCCUUCGUUUUUGCUUAUAUAUUCGUGGACCUCGAUUCUCCGAGUUCAUUUGCGCUCAAGGUUGCGGCUGUAGAUGCCGCGAAAGAACUAGGCCGUGUCGUUCGAUUGGUAUGUGAAACAGCGUUACCAAAAAAUGUUACCAGUGAGGCUUUGGAUGCUCUUGAUCUCUUCGAGUACAAGGCCGGAAAAGGCCCCGCAGCGAGUUUUCUGAUCCAUUAUGGUGUCCGUCUCCUCGAAAGACUUGAAGCCGGUGGGAAGAGUGUAGACGAGGUCACCUGGACUAUUAUCCCUACGGCUGCCGCAGCUGUCGCCACUCAAGCUCAGGGCUUUGCCCAGAUGCUGGACCUCUAUCUCUCUGACCCCUACAAAAGUCACUGGCCAGCCAUCCAAAAGCUCGCGGCAUCCGACAGCUCCGAGGCAUUCGAACAGCUCAAACGAUACGCUCUUGAAGGCUACCGUUUGAAUACACCGGCCUUCGGUCUCACACGUAUUGCAGACGCUGACACCACGAUUGAAGAUGGCAACCGCUCUGUCCGGGUAAAGAAGGGCGACCGAAUCUUCGUCAACCUCGCGACAGCCAGCCUAGACCCGACGGUGUUUCCUAAUCCGCAGGUUAUCGACCUCACCCGGCCGUUGGACAAGUACAUCCACCAUGGAUGGGGCCCACAUGGCUGUAUCGGUCGUCCGAUCGUUGAGACAGCCAUGGCAGCCCAGCUUCGCGUCUUCGCCCAGUUGAAGAAUCUGCGCCGCGCACCCGGAGCCGGAGGGGAGCUGAAGAGUAAGACUGUCAACGGGCCGUUUAAGGUGUUUAUGACGAAGGACUGGAGCGAUUGGUGGCCUUUCCCCACUACGAUGGAUGUUCAAUGGGAUGGAUUUGAGUCAUGGUCUCCAUUGGCCGAAGGCAGUGUUCUCCUGACCAAAUAUCCUUGUAGAGGUGAUCAGAUGGAGUAG